AUGGGCAGCGUCCUGAGGAGAAGGAAGAGAGUGCCUGGUGGGAGAGAAGCAGGCGGAAGGAGUGAUGAACUUGAACAGCCGGUGCGCUGCAUCGGACACCCACCUCUCGAGCCCUCCCACAACAAGCGAAGCAGUUUCACGGCCAGGGCGUUGCUGCUGCUGAUAACUCUGGCAGUGGUGGUCCUCUGCUGGUACGUCUUCGGCAAGGCUCUCCGAGACAUCGCGGCCGGGGUACCGAUCUCGAGGAAGGGGUAUCGAGUCGGGGGUGUUCCGGGUGUCAUCUCGGAGGGCUUCCACGCGAGGCGAUGGGCGAUGGCGAGGGGCGGGGUGGCCCACCCCAGGGAAAGAGCUAUCGGAGAGCCGGCGGGCUUGGUGUUCCAAGAAACGGGGAAUAAGGAGGGAACAUCGCUGCCAGCUGCGGCCCUCUUCGCCGCUGCUGGGCCGCCUGUUGUCGUGCUGGAGGGGGCAGAGCACCUCCAGAACGUGAUCCGUCGUUGCUUGGAUGCGGACGGAUGCGACUCCGAGGGCAUCACCCGCGAAAUCCGGUCACAAGUGUCAGUGCUUGUCCUCGAAGGCUCGAAGUCGGCAGCGAAGCCAGAAUCGGCAUCACGCGAAGACGAUGCAACGGGUGACUGCGAUGCGUCAUCAUCCUCUUCGCCACCAGUCGUUGGAGACGUCGACGACGAAAUAGACGACCCUUCUAGGGCCACCGGCAGAGACGACACGGCAUCGCCACGGGAGCUAAUCGAUGCCCGAGGUUAUGAUGGGAGCCCCGGCACGGAGUGGGGCGGGGGGGGGGGGGAGGCGGCCUCAAGCCUGGCGACUGCUGCUAGCGCCGGGUCAAGGAUGGAGAAGAGUGAAGAGCAUGUGCUUGCGGAAGCGUUAUUUUGUGGUGACGGGGGGAAGGGCCAGGCGUUAGAGGGGCGGAUUGAUGGUGGGUGGUGGGACGCUUGGUCACCCGGCCAGGGGAGACGGGGAGGAGACGCGGAGCUGUGGACAACAGUGUUGGUUGCUUCGGGUUGGCGAUGGGACGAAGUCGAGACUUUGCUUGAGGUGCUUCCCGAGACCCCUUGGCUGUAUCUUUACCACGAGCGCGACGACAGCACUUCCAAGCCCUGCCUGCAGAGCUCUUCUAGAUACGCCGGAACGAGGUCGAUGCAUGACUCGAAACACAACGGUCAUGGUCAUGGGGUGGCUAUGGCGUCGUCUCGCCUAACGGCAGGGGCAGCCGCCAGGGUGUUGACGAGGCUGUUCGGGGCGAAAUUGCACCCCGGCGGGGAGCUUGCAAUGUCACAGGUUGGGCGAGUUGCCCUUCCCCGGUCCAAGUACGUACGAGGAGAGCGCUGCCAACGAUGA